AUGCAGCAUGCAGCACCCUCCACGGGUACUCUUCGGCCCCUCCACAAGGACACGGCGCUUGCGGUCGGCAUAACCCAAUGGUCGUCUGCUCACAUGGACAUCAUGGACAUGGCACACCCACCACCCGUACAGAGAGAAGAAGACGGAGUGAAGCGGAAGCUGCACCAGGGCACGACCAUGUGCCCCAUAACUGCCUACUUCGAGAACACAGGGGCGCAGCCCUGGGAAGGAGUCGAUCUAGUAUCGCGUGCGGGCGUUGGAUCUCCUAUAGAGCCGGUCCCGCUAGAUGGCAGAGCGCUUUCGAGAUAG